UUUACCGUUUUUGAGCAGCGUAACGGUCGGUAGACGGCGUGCGUUUUGAACACGUUCAACAAAAACAUCACAUUUCAGAGAUAAGUUAGUCGGUUAAACAACUUAAAAGCUCUAAAUUAUGCGGCUUUCCUUUUUGCUGGAUUUGAAACAAAGUUUUCAUAACUUUGCUUGCCAUUAGUCAUAGUUUAAACCGCUUUUACAAUGUAGAAAGAACCUGAUUCAUGAUUUUGAAGACAUCAGUAGUUUCUAUAGGUGAGAAAAUGUUUUGCACAAUGGCUAUCGACUGAAAUGAUUCGGAGACCAAAUGCAGACAUUGCCUUUCAGCUGUGUACACCGCUCCUUUGCUAGAAAAAUCCUCUUGAUACUCGAACUCUUUGUCAAGCAGUUUUGAAACAGUAGGUGUUUUUUUCGUUUUCUCAGCGGACUCUAUCUUUGUGUUGCAAGUAAGAAAAAACAGUAGCACAGAUGCCCGCAGGAACAUUGCGAUGGCAUGUUUUAGCGCGGUGUCAUGGUAAGCUUUAGCUGCCAUAGUCUAGUAACAAUUACAGGGAAACUUUCGAUGCUAUUAGAACAAUCAUUUUAUGUACAAUGUACAAAAAAAGCAGAGCACAAGUCCACCCUCACUGUUCAUGCAACCAGCCAAGUUACAAUACUUUUCAGCGCAGACAUUUGAAUUUCAGAGAAAACGUAGAGCAUGAUUAGUUAGUAUGAAUAUACGGAAUUGUUUGUAAAACAAUUAGAGGUCAUAGUCUAAACUAGCUUGUCCUUUGGAAUCUUGAACUGUGCUCGUGAUACCACGAGGCUCUCCCCGUGUCUGCAAAGCGUCUUCCUCUCUCUCAGCGAAAGAAACUAGAGACAAACUUUUGAAACCUUAAGUGGACAACUGGAACUGCUGAGUCAUUGGACAAUUAGCAUUAGUGAAUACUGCCGUCCUUCGACGUCCAAUUCAACCCUAGAAAGAUUACAGAACAACUACUCCAACUAUGAGCAACAACAGCAGCAUCUUAUGAAACCCACUCUAUCCAAGUCGUCGUGCUGGGGAGAUUGUCAGGUGUGUGGUGAUCGGGCAACAGGAAAGCACUAUGGAGUCAUAGCAUGCGAAGGCUGCAAAGGAUUUUUCAAACGAAGUGUGAGGAAUAAAUUGAUUUACACAUGUAGGGCUAAAGGCUGCUGCAUUAUCGAUAAAGUUCAAAGGAAUCGCUGCCAGAGGUGUCGCCUUGAAAAAUGCUUUAAAGCGGGGAUGAAUCAAAGCGCUGUGCAAUGUGAACGAAAACCACUAAUGAUUUCUCCUCCGAUGUCUAUGACAAGCAAUCGAACGAUGGUUGACGAAAAAAGGAAAUGCUACCAUAAUGUAGAGGACAGCAUAAUGCCCAUUACUCCGCCUGCCUCAUUAUGUGAUCCUACGUCUCCACAUGGCAACUUUAACGAGAUAGUGGACAUACUGGGCCCACAGCACGCCGAAUUUAAACUCUUUAUCCCCUCAUUAGCUGCUCGUGACUUUUCAAUGGACUACAUCCAUGAGUUUGCUACUAGGCUGCUGUUUGUAUCUGUUGACUGGUGCAGGAGCAUAAGUUCAUUCCGAAGUCUUAGGAAACCUGACCAGAUUGCUCUACUGCAGAAAUCAUGGCCCGAAAUUUUUUUAAUCGGCAUUGCUCAGUUUGUUGAAAGAUUUCCAUUUUCUCCACUAUUCGCCUAUGCUGCUGCAGAUUUAAGGCAAACAAGCGAAGAACGUAGGGAUCAAGGGGUAGUGCGUCCCAUUCCAAAACAUUCUAAGUUUGACAAUGUUAUGGUUGUGAAAAACUUCGUGUUCAGCUUUGCAAGAAUGGAAUUGGACUCAAUGGAGUUUGCAUAUGUAAAGGCUAUCGUUCUGUUUAAUGCAGAUCCUCAUAUCCCAGUUGCGGAUCCUAAACAGAUCGAAAUUUUACAGGAACAGUCUCACUGCGCUUUCAAGCGAUAUAUGGACAAUAAAUAUCCUACCCAGCCCGAGCGAUUUGCUAAAGUGUUGCUAAAAUUACCAUCUAUUCGUGCCAUAGAUAAAUCGAGUAUUGAAGAGCUAUUCUUUGCUUCUCUCAUCGGUAAAGUGCGUAUAUCUGACAUUAUGGAUAACAUUGUAGCACAAACGCAUGAUUUUUAAAAACAUUUCGUAAUGUACAGAUGUAUAGAAAUUUCAAUAUCAGUAGUUAGAAAUAUUUAUCUCAUGACAAUCUAUA